AUCGGCCUUGGGACCCUCUUAGGGGCGAUCGCCUCCUUCACCUAUUCGGGACAAUGAAGACCUUUAGAAGAGUUCCCCAACUAACAAACCUCCAACCUCACAAACCCCCCAGCCAAAGUGUCGCUUAGGGAGGAAAUCUGGGCUGUCAAAUUUGGAAACAUUUUCCCCUCCGCUCCUCUCCUGCUCGAGGAACCCGAGUGACGAACGCGGGACGAGGAUGGACCCCACCGGAGGCAGCUGCAUGCGCAGCCCCCAACCCCCAGCCCCACUCUGGGGGUGCCUACGGGGCGCUGAUGUCCCCACAGCCCCAGGGUUGGGUCACUGCCCCCCGACCCCUUUCUCCUUCCACCCCAAGGCGGAUUUUGCUGCUUAUUCUGAAUUCUCAGCCUCCUGCUUGCUGAGCGCUGCCCACUGCGUCCCACCCGAGGAGCAGCCGCCACCGUUCCGUCCCCAUCCUGAGUGGCAGCAAACAGCAACAGAGGCCCGGAGACUGCUGAGCCCAGGGCUGGCGUUGGCCUCUGGGGAUGCAGAGAGCCCCAACCUCGUGAGCACAGCAGUGGCUGUAAGUGAAGAUUACAAAGUGCCGGUAAACAGCGGGAUGGAGACGGAGAGAAAGGCAUCCAAAAGGAAAAAGGAGCACUCAGAAAGCCAGCCCUCCAGCAGCAAGGCAGAAGGCAGCAGCAGGUCGCGGAAGGAGAGGACAGCGUUCACCAAGGAGCAGCUGAGGGAGCUGGAGGCAGAAUUUGCCCACCACAAUUACCUGACAAGGCUCAGGAGAUACGAGAUCGCUGUGAACCUGGACCUCACCGAGAGACAGGUCAAAGUGUGGUUCCAGAAUAGAAGGAUGAAGUGGAAGCGCGUUAAGGGGGGGCAACCAGUGUCCCCUCCUGAGCCCGAUGCAGAGGACGCCGACUCCACCACAUCCCCCAGCUCCGAGUAGUGCCAUAAAGAGAUGCUUGGAGAGGGUGUGACACUGCAGAAGGACACUGCAGCUCCAUAGGGUGGCCCUGUGGGGCAUGGACUGAGAGGUGCGCAGUGCUGGAACUGGCGGAGGGAAAUGGAAAGCACAAAAUAAGCCAAAGGAGAGCAGGACUUUGAGCUUUGUGUGAAUGGAACUGUCUUACUGCCAUAGGGGUACCUUCACCAAAAGGAGAAAAAGAAAAAAGAUAAAAACCACUGUAUAUAUAGCAGGAGUAAUGCUGUUUAGGCUCCCAAAUGCUCAGAAAGUAUGAGUUAUCAGUUAGAAAGGGACCAGAGGGUGAUAACACAGCUCUGUUCACCUCCAGCCUUUCCCUGGUCACUUCAGCUCAUCCUUCACUUGGACUUGGGCUCUGAGAAUCACUGAGGUUGGAAUAGACCUCUCAGAAACCCAAGUCCAACCCCAAUCCAUCCCACCGUGCCCACUGACCAUGUCUCCACGUGCCACAUUCCCCACAUGGGGAGGAACACCUCCAGGGAUGGGAACACCCCACCCCCUGAGCAGCUGUGCCAAUACCCGACCUCUCUUCCUGAGAACCAAUUUCUCCUCACAUCCACCCUCAAAGCAGCCCUUACCAAACGGCCCCUGCAUCAUUUCCAUCCUUCCACUCUGGUUUGCUUCCCUAUGUGAUCAUUUCCACCUCUGAGGGUGUCUGACUGAUUCCAGGACACUUUAAAGCCAAUUUCCAAGUUUAAAGAGUGCAUAAAAGCAGCUUUCUAGCAUAGGAUGACCACAGCACCCAGACGUGAACGCUCCUUCCCUUGCACACUGGUCCUCUUUCAACCCAUACCUGUAAUAUAGCUAAUGAUUACAGUUUAGGAAAGCAUAGUGUCUGUUCCCAUAUCUUCUGUCUUUUUGUUUAAUGUUUUCUAAUGCAAUUUUACCAUAUUUUAAACAGAACUCUACACUGGCAUGUCAUAGAAUGGCUAUUAAACACGACUUUUGGUAUUCUCA